GCGGCUGCCUUUGGGGACGCAGUCGCCGCGCGCGGGUUGGGGUGGCUGUUGCGCGCAGGCGGGCGCCGGGCGCUGCAAGGGCCGGGCUUGGCCCACGUGCGUCGCGGAAUCGGGAGCAGGGCGGCGCGCCGCGGCCCUCCUCUCCGUCCGUCUCUCCGGGUGGGAGGCGGUAACAGCUGGGCUGGGGCCGGGCGGCGGCCGCCCGCCAUGCCUCCCGGGCUGCUGUGAGGCGCAACGCGCGGCAACAUGGGGCCGGAUCCGGGCUGGGCCGCUCUGGUGUUGCUUUUCGCCGCUUCGCUGCUCACGGUCGCGGCCUGGCUGCUCCAGUACUGGCGUUCGACGGCUCUGCGAUCGCCGCGGCGGCAAAUGCCGGCGACGGAGGAGGCCGGGGCCCGGGCGCUGCUCGCUGCGCUGCUCGCUCUCCGGUCCCUACGUGAGCAGUGGCAGCGGGCUUGGGUGCGAGCCCUCAACAGCCAGGCGCGCCGGCACGGGAGUUCAGUGCAGAUCACAUUUGAAGAGGGUCCUCAGUUACCACCAGCAGCAAAUAUAAGCUGUGUGACGUGCAAAGGCCAGUCGGGUCACAGCAUGGUGCUGUGUUGUCAUCUGUCAGCUGAAGCUGUGAAAUUCCCUGUCUCUGUAACCCAGCAGUCUGCAGUUUCUGUUUCUGUGGACACAUAUCAUGUCACUUUGACUCUGCUCCAGGCUGAGGUGGAGAUCCACUUGGAGGAGAUACAGAAUCAGGGUCUCCUGGUGUCAUGGACGUUCAAGGACAGACCAGACUUGGAUCUUUCAGUUCUUCCAAGACUUCAGCCUUGUGAGAACGAAGGGAAAGCGGAUCUGUCCACCAUAAAGGAUCUAAUUGAGGAUACUAUUGUCAGCACGCAGCCAGCCAUGAUGGUGAAUCUGAAGGCUUGCACAGCUGGAACUGGCACAGUAUCCAGCAGUAAGGUGACCCAAGAGUCUCCAUACAAUGUAGUAGAAGCCCCUCUGGGUUCAAAGCUGUUGAUCCGGAAUCUUCGUGUGCUGAACUUAGGCUCACAGAGGAGUGGAGGAGUUGGGGAGAUAUGUUGUGUUGCAGAACUAGACAGUCCCCCACAGCAGAAAUGGACAAGGCCAGUGAGAGCUGGUAGCGCUGGCAUUGCUGCAGAGAUGGAGUGGAAUGAAGAGCUCUUUCUUGAGUUAGGACCCAGAAGUAAGGAGCUGAAGUUACAGGUGCUGGGGAACAGUGGCAAAGGGGAAGGUGUGCUGCUGGCACAUACUACUCUUUUGCUUGAUUCUUUGGGCAAACAACCCUCUGGGAGACAGGUCUGCUCACUGGCCUCAGGAGCUGGGCAGCCACUGGCAGCUGAAGCUACCAUUGUAUUAGAGCUUUUAUACCAGGAUUCUUCUGCAUCUCUGAAUGCUCAGCAUGCCACAUCUCUGCAUACCAGCAUCACCCCCACAAAGAAGGUGGAGAUGGACCGGACCAUCAUGCCCGAUGGCACCAUUGUGACUACUGUCACCACAAUUCAGUCCCGACCCAAGGUGGAUUGUAAGCUGGAUUCACCUUCAAGGUCACCAUCCAAGGUGGAAGUGACAGAAAAGAAGACAACAGUGCUUUUGGAAAGCAGCUGUCCUCACAACUCCUUGUCCAGCAGCAGCCGGGACAGCCAGAUGCCCAAUGGCUUGGAUCCGGUGGCUGAGACGGCAAUCAGGCAGCUAACUGAGACAAAUAACAAGCCCACCAAGAAGACCCCAACAAAACGUAGCACGCUGAUCAUCUCAGGAGUUUCCAAGGUACCUCUUGCUCAAGAUGAAAUGGCACUUUCUCUGGGUUAUGCUGCAUCCAUGGAGACCACAGUAUAUGGGGAUAUUGGGGCAGUCUGUGCAUCUGACCAGGUGCAUGAUUCCACUGAAUCAUCACAGCUGCUGGAAGCGUCACCGUCAGAGCAAAGAGCAAGUCAGGAGCUGGAUGAGACGACACGAUCUGACAUCUCUGAGAGACCGUCUGUGGAAGAUGCUGAGUCUGAAACCGGUUCCACAGGAGCCCUUGAGACCAGGAGCUUGAAAGAUCACAAAGUUAGCUUUCUUCGGAGUGGUACCAAACUCAUCUUCCGGAGAAGGAGCAAGCAGAAGGAAGCUGGCCUCAGCCAGUCACAUGAUGACUUGUCCAACGUCACCACUAGUUCUGUCACCAAGAAGAAAGCUGGCAGCUUCUCCCACCGCCUCAUCAAACGCUUCUCCUUCAAGUCUAAACCCAAACCUAAGACUAGUGACAACACAACAACAGCCCAUGGCUACAGGAGGUGACUGUUCCCUGCUGGCUGGGAGAAUGCUGCACCAGACCUGAUCACUGAGGAGAAGGAAGAGUAUAGAGGUGCCAAGCCCUGCAACAAACCUCUUGGAAGUUGUGUGCAUUAGUGACUUACUUUGCACUUGGCAAGUGGCUGCGCUGUGUGAAGGAGCCUUACGUAUUGUGGGGGUCAGGUGGUGGCCUUGUGCUCUGCAAGGGCUGUAUCAGUGGAAUGGUUCUGGAGAAGCCAUGUGUUUGGAUGAGAAGAGAGCGGUGAUGGGGGACAAGCUGCUCUACACAGGGCCAGUGGUGGCUACAGGACGUGGGAUGGGAGGAGGAAGGGAGUGAUGGUGGUUGGGCUGCAUUAGGUUUGCUGCCUGGGCAACUGUGGAUGUUGCAAGCUGAGGGAGAAAAGGGGGAGGGAUUGGGGCCAUACCUGGGCCAUGGGGGGCCCAAGAGUAAGUGUCCUGUGACCAAGGUGGUUAGUGACUUGGGGGUUGGGGUGUGGCUCUAGGACUGAUUGGUGGGAUUGUGCUGAGUAGGUCUCGGGAAAAGACCCAGUGAGGGGCUUGGUUGUGCUGGAAGUGUGGAACAAGGGCGGAGAUGUUCCAGGUUCAUAAGUAGGAUAUGUACUUUGGGAGACCAACAGAAUGAAUUAAGGCCAGUGGCAGCGCAAAAAGCUCCUGGCCUCGGGUCUCACUUGCUCUGUCUUGCUGGAAAAUAUUUCCCAAGACUUUUAAAUCCCGAGCAAUUUAAAACAAAUAAAACACCAGAAAAGAAAACCCAAACCAAACUAUAUUGACCCAGUGAAGGCAGCAGAUUAAAUAUUGGAAGGCUUAGUUCAUUUGUUCAUUUUGGUUAAAUUAGUCAUGAACUUGCACAAUUUAUGUUUUCACAUUUUGGAUGCUGUCAGUCACGUUAGUUCAUUCUGUAAUUUGGAAAAGAGGAAUUAAGCUGUUUUUCUUUAGCCUGUACUUUAUCGCUCAGGGAGGUGCUAUUUUUGAUCUAAUGUAAUGCCUUCCUAAAAUUCAGUCCAAUCUCAGUCCUCUACUGUCUAGUUACAAGAACUUCCAACAGACUGCGAAGUCAGGCUUUACAGGCCAGAGGUGGAGCUAACACGGAGGCUUCUGGAUUUUCAAAAGAGAAGGCUGAAAAUCAGGUGCUUUGUUUGACAUUUUUACUGCCUGUCCUACUUAAGGAUUCUGUCCAUAGGCACAUUUGGUUGGACCCUAGCAGCUUGGUGCUUACAAAUGCAGUUCUUUCUGAUACAGAGCUGCGCCACUUGCUGUCUAGACCAAAUACACGCAAUGUUGGAGGAGCUUACUCUUAAGCAUUUUUUUUUAAAUGCUUUUAAAGUGUUUGAAGGCAUAUGCCAUCCUCACAGGUAACAUCUAAAAUAAAUUAAUUUUUUUUGUUUUCCUUUUUUUUUUUCCCUUGGAGCAGUAGUUCAGGGAAACGUAGAUACUUUCUUCUAUGCCAGUAUGUUUCCCAUAGCAGUAUUCUAGGAAUGGCUUCUGUUGUUGAUUGCUUACUUGCUUGUUUUAAAUACUGAAAGAAACAUACUGUUCUUUUUCUUCUGCCUAUGUAGAACUCCCUUUGUUUCCUUUGUUUUUUUGAGUUGUACUCUCAAACAGAGUGUUCAGCUGGAUCUAGAAUAGUUGCCAAAGAAUUGCCUGUGGACAAGUUGUGCUGGAUUUCCCAGAUGGAGGUCAUAAGGUUUGUUGCCUCCUUGAGAAGUGUUCUUGUUUUAUUCUUAUAUAGCAUUGUGUGUUACUUCUGUACCGAGAUAUAUAUUUUAAAUUAUUAUAAGUCCACUAUCUGUUUCCCAAAGGUGAUGCUGAGAAGCAUGCAUGGUGAUGACUUAUGUGUACCUCAUGCUUCACAUUGAUUCUUCCUUUGGGUCAAUAGUAAACCAAAUCCUUGAAAGUAUGACUGGAAAUCCCACUAUUAUUAAAAGGGUUCAACCGUGGUGCCUGUGGUCAGAAUUCCCUGCAGCAGAUCCUGGCAGCAGUUGGGAAUGAAAGAACUGAUGACAAGUUGCUGAGUAUCAAAACCAAUCCAGUGGAUAUUUACAGGCCUUGGGUGAACGGGAUGGAAUUUCAGAGUGGUGAGGCCAGGUACAGAAGCUGUUACUACUAUAUUUCUUCUAAAAAGUAGCUUGGCUGUUUUGCAUUGCUCUAUUAAUCGUUCCGAACCAUCCUUGGCUUCACUGCAUGCAUCUGUCCAAUUGAUACCAGCUUUUUUCAUCACCUCUAGCGCUAAAAAAAAAAUACAAUAUUUUGACACUGGCAAAAAAAAAAAAAA